AUGUCGGCCGUCAGGUGCAUAAUGAUUAAAGUUUCUUUCCACCUCUCUCUUUUCCACCUUUUUCUUUCUUUUCCACCUCUCUCUUUCCAAUUCUUUCACGUCUUUUCCACCCGUCUAUUUCCACCUCUCUUUUCUUCUUCCUUCCACCCUUUCUCUCUUUCCACCUCUUUUUCCACCUCUCUUUCUACUUCUUUUCCCUUUCCACCCCGUCUUUUUCCUCGUCUUUCUCUUUCCACCUCUCUUUUUCCUCUUUCUCUCUUUUUACCCUGCUUUCGUCUUUUCCUUCCACCUCCCUUUCCACCCUUCUCUUUCCUCGUCUUUCUCUUUCCACCCCGUCUCUUUCUUUUUUUCCACCUCUCUUUUUCUACUUCUUUUUCCCUUUCCACCCGUCUAUUUCCUCGUCUUUCUCCUUCCACCUCUCUUUCUUUCACCUUUCCUUUCCACCCGUCUCUUUCCUCGUCUUUUUUCCACCUCUCUCCACCUCUUCUUUUCUUUUCCCUUUCCACCCGUCCCCGUCUCUUUCCUCUCUCUUUCUCUUUCCACCCUCCUCUUUCUUUUUUCCACCCGUCUAUUUCCCUCUCUCCUUUUCUCUCUUUCCCUCUUUCUACUUCUUUCCCUUUUCAACCCGUCUAUUUCUCGUCUUUCUCCUUCCCUUCCUUUCCCUCUCUCUUUCCACCUCUCUUUCUACUUCUUUUUUCCACCCUCUUUCUCUCUUUCUCUUUUCCACCUCCUUUUUCCACCCGUCUCUUUCCUCUUCUUUCUCUUUCCACCUCUAUUUUCGUCUUUCUCCCACCUCUCUCUUUCUACUUCUUUCCCUUUCACCCCGUCUAUUUCCUCGUCUUUCUCCUUCCACCUCUCUCUUUUCCACCUCUUCUCUUUUUUCCACCUCUCUAUUUUUCUUCUUUCUCUUUUUCCACCUCCGUCCCUCUUUCCUCGUCUUUCUCUUUCCUCGUCUUUCUCUUUCCACCUCUUUCUUUUUCCACCUCUCUCUUUCUACUUCUUUCCCUUUCCACCCGUCUAUUUCCUCGUCUUUCUCCUUCCACCUCUCUCUUUCCACCUCUUACUUUUUCCACCUCUCUUUCUACUUCUUUCCCUUUCCACCCGUCUCUUUCCUCGUCUUUCUCUUUCCACCUCUUUCUACUUCUUUCCUUUCCACCCGUCCUUUCCUCGUCUUUCUCCUUCCCUUUCCCCGUCUUACUUUUUCCACCUCUCUUUCUUUCUUUCCUUUCCACCGUCUCUUUUCCCGUCUUUCUCUUUCCAUCUUUCUUUUCCACCUUUCUCCUCUCUUUCCCUUUCCACCCGUCUAUUUCCUCGUCUUUCUCCUUCCACCUCUUCUUUCCCUUUCCACCUCUCUUUCUCUUUCCCUUUCCUCGUCUUUCUCUUUCCACCUCUUUCUUUUUCCACCUCUCUUUCACUUCUUUCCCUUUCCACCCGUCUCUUUCCUCGUCUUUCUCUUCACCUCUCUCUUUCCUCUUUUCUUUUCCACCUCUCUUUCUUCUUCUUUCCCUUUCCACCCCGUCUCUUUUUCUCGUCUUUCUUUCUCUCUUCCACCUCAUUUCUCUCUUUCACCUCUUUCCACCGUCGUUUUCCUCGUCUUUCUCUUUCCACCUCUCUUUUCUUUCCCUUUUCCCACCGUCUCUUUCCUCGUCUUUCUCUUUCCACCCUUUUUUUUCUUUUCCACCUCUCUCUUUCACCUUCUUUCCCUUUCCACCCUUCCACCUCUCUUUCCUCUUCUUUCUCUUUUCUACCUCUUUCCUUUUCCACCCGUCCUUUCCUCGUCUUUCUCUUUCCUCUUUCUCUUUCCACCUCUUUUCUUUUUCCUCUCUCUUUCUUUCUCCUUUCCACCCGUCUAUUUCCUCUCUUUUCCUUCCACCUCUCUCUUUCCGUCUUACUUUUCCCCACCUCUCUUUUUCCUCUCUUUCCUCGUCUUUCUCUUUCCCAUCUUUCUUUUUUCCUCUUUCUUUUUCUUUCCACCUCUUUCUUUCUCUUUCCACCUCUCUUUCUACUUCUUUCCCUUUCCACCCUUUUCUCGUCUUUCCUCGUCUUUCUCCACCUCUCUCUUUCUUUCUUUCCCUUCCACCUCUCUUUUUCCUUUCUCCUCUUACUUUUCCACCUCUCCUCUCUUUUCUCUUUUCUCGUCUCUCCUUUCUUUCCCUUUUUUCCACCCUUCUUUCUCUUUCCUCGUCUUUCUUUUUCCACCUCUUUCUUUUCUCUUUCUUUUUCCACCCCGUCCUCUCUCUUUCUCCUUCCACCUUCUUUCCACCCUCUUUUUCCACCCUCUCUUUCCCUUCUUUCCCUUUCUCUCUUUUCCUCGUCUUUCUUUCCUCCUUUUCCACCUCUCUCUUUCCUUCUUUCCCUUUCCACUUUUUUCCUCGUCUUUCUCCUUCCACCUCUCUUUCUUCUUUUCCCCUCUUCUACUUCUUUCCCUUUCCACCCGUCUAUUUCCUCGUCUUUCUCCUUCCACCUCUCUCUUUCCACCUCUCUUUCUACUUCUUUCCCUUUCCACCCGUCUCUUUCCUCGUCUUUCUCCUUCCACCUCUCUCUUUCCACCUCUUUCUUUUCCACCUCUCUUUCUCUUUCCACCCCUCUUUUCUUUUCCACCUCUCUUUCCACCUCUUCUUUUCCCUUUCCACCCGUCUAUUUCCUCGUCUUUCUCCUUCCACCUCUCUCUUUCCACCUCUUACUUUUUCCACCUCUCUUUCUACUUCUUUCCCUUUCCACCCGUCUCUUUCCUCGUCUUUCUCUUUCCACCUCUUUCUUUUCCACCUCUCUCUUUCUUCUUUUCCUUUUCCACCCGUCUAUUUCCUCGUCUUUCUCCUUCCACCUCUCUUUACACCUCUUACUUUUUCCACCUCUUUCUUCUUCUUUCCCUUUCCACCCUCUCUUUCCUCCUCUUUCUCUUUCCACCUCUUUCUUUUCCUCUCUUUUCCUUUCCACCCGUCUCUAUCCUCGUCUUUCCUUCCACCUCUCUCUUUCCACCUCUCUUUCCACCUCUCUUUCUUCUUCUUUCCCUUUCCACCCGUCCUUUUCUCUUUCUCUCUCUCUCUUUUCCACCUCCUUUCCACCUCUCUUUCUACCUUUUUCCACCGUCUUUUUCCUCGUCUUUCUUUCCUUUUUCCACCUCUCUUUCUACUUCUUUCCCUUUCCACCCGUCUCUUUCCUCGUCUUUCUCUUUCCACCUCUUUCUUUUUCCACCUCUCUCUUUCUACUUCUUUCCCUUUCCACCCGUCUAUUUCCUCGUCUUUCUCCUUCCACCUCUCUCUUUCCACCUCUUACUUUCUCUCUUUCCUUCUUUCCCUUUUCUCUUUCCCGUCUCUUUCUCUCGUUUUUCUUCUUUUCCUUUCACCCGUCUUUUCCUCGUCUUUCCCCUUCUCUUUUCCACCUCUUCUUUUUCAACCUCUCUUUCUUUUUCCCUUUCCACCGUCUCUUUCUCUUUCCUUUCGUCUCUCUCUUUCCACCUCUUUCUUUUUCCACCUCUCUUUCUACUUCUUUCCCUUUCCACCCGUCUUUCCUCGUCUUUUCCUCACCUCUUUCUUUUUCCCCUCUCUCCCUUACUUCCUUUUCCCUUCUCUCUUCCUCUCUUCCCUCUUCUACUUCUUUCCCUUUCCACCCGUCUCUUUCCCUCUCCUUCUUCUCUUUCCCCUCUUACUUUUCCACCUCUCUUUCUACUUCUUUCCCUUUCCACCCCGUCUCUUUCCUCGUCUUUCUCCUUCCCACCUCUUUCUUUUUUUCCACCUCUUUCUACUUCUUUCCCUUUUCCACCCGUCUCUUUUCUCGUCUUUCUCUUUUUCCCUUUCUUUUCUCUUUCCUCUCUUUCUUCUCUCCUUUCCACCCGUCUCUUUUUUUCCACCUCUCUCUUUCUACCUCUUUUCCCUUUCCACCCUCUCUUUCCUCGUCUUUCUCACCCGUCUUCCACCUCGUCUCUCUUUUCCACCUCUCUUUCCACUUUUUCCACCUCUCUUUCACUUCUUUCCUUUCCCCCGUCUCUUUCCUCGUCUUUCUCUCUUCCACCUCUCUUUCUACUUCUUUUCCUUUCCACCCCUCUCCUCGUUUUCUCCUUCCACCUCUCUCUUUCCACCUCCUCUUUCUUUUUCCACCCUCUCUACCCGUCUUUCCUUUCGUCUUUCUCUUUCCUCCUCUUUCUUUCCACCUCUCUCUUUUUCCCUCUCUUCUACUUCUUUCCCUUUCCACCCGUCCUUUCCUCGUCUUCCUCGUCUCUCUCCUUCCACCUCUCUUUCCACCUCCUCUUUACUUUUUUCCUCCCCUCUCUCUCUCUUUCUUUCCUUUCCACCUCGUCUUUCCCUUCCACUCGUCUUUUUUCUCUUUCUCCUUCCCUCUUUUUUUCCACCUCUCUUUUCUACUUCUUUCCCUUUCCACCAGUCUCUUUCCUCGUCUUUCUCCUUCCCACCUCUCUCUCUUUCCACCUCUUACUUUUUUCCACCCCUCUCUUUCUCGUCUUCUUUCCCUUUCCACUUCGUCCCUCUCUUUCCUCCUUCCACCUCUUUCUUUCCACCUCUUUCUCUUUCUUUUCCCUUUCUCGUCUCUUUCCUUCUUUCUCUUUCCACCUCUCUCUUUCUUUCUUUUUCCACCUCUUUCUUUCCACCUCUUUUUCCCUUCCACCCGUCUCUUUCCUCUCUUUCUCCUUCCACCUCUCCCUUUCCACCUUUUCUCUUUCCUCGUCUUUCUCCUUCCACCGUCUCCUCUCUUUCCACCUCCCUUUCCACCCUCUUUCUACUUCUUUCCCUUUCCACCCGUCUCUUUCCUCGUCUUUCCUCGUCUUUCUUUCCACCGUCUCUUUCCUCGUCUUUCUUUUCCACCUCUCUUUCUCUUUCCCUUUCCACCCCGUCUAUUUCUCGUCUUUCUUCUUUCCCUUUCCACCUCUCGUCUACUUCUUUCCCUUUCCCACCCUCUCUUUCCUCGUCUCUCUCUUUCCACCUCUUUCUUUUUCCACCUCUCUUUCUACUUCUUUCCCUUUCCACCCGUCUAUUUCCUCGUCUUUCUCCUUCCACCUCUCUCUUUCCACCUCUCUUUCUACUUCUUUCCCUUUCCACCCGUCUCUUUCCUCGUCUUUCUCUCCACCUCUUUCUUUUCCUUUCUUUUUCCCUUUCCACCCGUCUCUUUCCUCGUCUUUCUCCUUCCACCUCUCUCUUUCCACCUCUUACUUUUUCCACCUCUCUUUCUACUUCUUUCCCUUUCCACCCGUCUCUUUCCUCGUCUUUCUCUUUCCACCUCUUUCUUUUUCCACCUCUCUUUCUACUUCUUUCCCUUUCCACCCGUCUCUUUCCUCGUCUUUCUCCUUCCACCUCUCACUCUUUUUCCUUUUCCUCUGCUUUUUCCACCUCUCUUUCUACUUCUUUUCCCUUUCCACCCUCUCUUUCCUCGUCUUUUCCUUCCACCUCUCUUUCCACCUCUUUACUUUUUCCACCUCUCUUUCUACUUCUUUCCCUUUCACCCGUCUCUUUCCUCGUCUUUUCUCUUUCCACCUUUCUUUUUUUCCUCUCUCUUUCUUUCUUUCCCUUUCCACCGUCUAUUUCUUCUCUCUUUCUUCUUUCCCUUUCCUUCUUUUUUCCACCCGUCUCUUUCCUCUUCUUUCCUUUCCACCUCUUUUUCCUCGUCUUUUCCCACCUCUCUCUUUCCACCUCUCUUUCCUCUCUUUCUCCUUUCACCCGUCUCUUUCCUCGUCUUUCUCCUUCCACCUCUCUCUUUCCACCUCUUAUUUUUUCUACCUCUCUUUUGUUUUCCCUUUCCACCCGUCUCUUUCCUCGUCUUUCUCUUUCCACCUCUUUCUUUUCCACCUCUCUCUUUUUCUUUCUUUCCCUUUCGUCUAUUUCCCUUUCUCCACCUCUUUCUCUUUCACCUCUCUCUUUCUUUCCCUUUCCACCUCUCUUUCUCUCUCUCUCUUUCCACCUCUCUUUUAUUUUAUUGCUGGUAAUACAUUGUUAUCUAUCUAUCUAUCUAUCUAUCUAUCUAUCUAUCUAUCUAUCUAUCUAUCUCACGCUGAAUAUUUCGUUGUUCUCUUUGCUCACCCACUUACGUCAUUCGAACGAGACCCGAACACAGCAUCGAUUUGAAUACCGUCGAGCAGGAAUCAUUUGUACCAUCGACAGAACACUCACUCUUCGCGAUGAGUCAUCGAGAUCCUUUGGAAAAAGGUUCUCUUGA